CCGCGGCUCCUGGUGGUAGACGGCAGUCGAGGAGGAGAGCUCUCGGUCUACGAGUGUUGACAUUUCUUUGGUUAUUUUAGAUCCCUAAAUGUAUUUUUAUUACCGUAUAUCUAAAUGAUUUCUAACUUGGUGCGAUGACGAAAGAUAUACUAGUUGGAGAUGAACUGCCCGACUGGGUAGGGGCCAAGGAAUUCUACCAGAAGUAUGAUCCUAAGGAGGUGAUCGGCAGGGGUGUGAGCAGCGUGGUGCGCCGGUGUGUGCACAGACACACGGGACAGGAGCUGGCGGUGAAGAUCAUUGAGAUCACAGCCGAGAAGAUAACAGCGGAGCAGCUGGAGGAGGUGAAGAGCGCCACGUUAAAGGAGAUACAAGUUCUUAACAUGGUGAAGGGACAUUCCUCCAUCAUUACCCUCAUCGAUUCCUACGAAUCCACCACCUUCAUCUUUCUGGUGUUUGACCUCAUGCGGAGAGGAGAACUCUUUGACUACCUCACAGAGAAGGUGACUCUGAGUGAGAAGGAGACCAGGAGCCUGAUGCGGGCUCUGCUGGAGGCCGUCCAGUACCUCCACUCCCAGAACAUCGUCCACCGCGACCUGAAGCCCGAGAACAUCCUGCUGGACGACCAGGGACUCCUCAAGCUCUCCGACUUCGGCUUCUCCGUGCAGCUGCCGCCCGGGCAGAAGCUGAGAGAACUCUGUGGAACCCCGGGCUACCUGGCUCCAGAGAUCCUGAAAUGCUCCAUGGAUGAAACGCACCCCGGUUAUGGGCAGGAGGUGGACCUCUGGGCGUGUGGUGUGAUCCUGUACACGCUGCUGGCCGGCUCGCCGCCCUUCUGGCACCGGAAGCAGAUGCUGAUGCUGCGGAUGAUCAUGGAGGGGCGCUACCAGUUCAGCUCCCCGGACUGGGACGACCGCUCGGACACGGUCCGGGACCUGGUGUCCCGCCUGCUGCUGGUGGAGCCGGCGGGCCGCCUGACCGCCCAGCAGGCCCUGGCCCACCCCUUCUUCAGGCAGUACCAGAGGGAGGACGCCCGCGUCUUCAGCCCCAGGAAGAGCUUCAGGGUUCUGAUCCUGAGCGUGCUGGCCUGCAUCCGGAUGUACGGCCGCUACCGCCGGCUGCGCCCCGUGACGCGGGAGGUGCUGGCCCGGGACCCCUACUCCGUCAGGGGCAUCCGCCGGCUCAUCGACGGCUGCGCCUUCCGGAUCUACGGCCACUGGGUGAAGAAGGGCGAGCAGCAGAACCGGGCCUUCCAGAACACCGCCAAGAUCAUGCUGCUGGGUCUGGAGGAGCUGGAGGCUUAAGGAACAGCGAGGUUCCCUGUGGUUCUGUGUGUUCCUAUGAAUACACUGAUCAAGGUUCUGUGUGUUCCUCUGAACACACUGAUCAAGGUUCCCUGUGGUUCUGUGUUCUUCUGAAUACACUGAUCAAGGUUCUGUGUGUUCCUCUGAACACACUGAUCAAGGUUCCCUGUGGUUCUGUGUUCUUCUGAAUACACUGAUCAAGGUUCUGUGUGUUCCUCUGAACACACUGAUCAAGGUUCCCUGUGGUUCUGCAUGUUCCUCUAAAUACACUGAAGAUGAUUUAC